CUUACACAAUAAAAAGGAUAUAAACAACUCGUUAAUUAAUUUAAACCACAAUGAUAUGAUAUUUGUACGACCUUUUAUUGCUGUGUGAUCAUGAUGGCGACAUACUAAUUUCAGAUUAUCUUAAAACCUCUCUUCAUAAUUUUAAUUUAAAAUAUUUUGGAGAACAUUCACUCGCAAUUCCCAAAAUAUUUAGACUAUUAAUUUUUGUUAGUUCUCUUUAAUGCCACAACUGUAAUAUUUUGUAUUUUAAUGUUCUAAACCUGAAGCUGAUAUUGUUCAAAACUGGAUCAUACACAUUCACUUUGAACGAUAGUUCCCAGUAUUUUAAUAAGAUGAGCUUUUUAACAUUUUCAACCUCCUGCGAUUUGCUUACAGAUAACACACUCUAAAUCUUGUAACAAAGUUAACUGGAAGGGUCAAUGACGCGUAAGUACGCCUCAUUUGUAAAAACCACUACACUAUAAUUAAUGACCUUUUAUCAUAAAACACACCAAUUGUCAAUCUUUGACAAAUGAUACACAUAUGAAACACUGAUAUGAGUAUCAACACACACAUGUAUUAAUAGACAAACUUACUUCGAAAUUUACUAUAUGGAAUAAACUUUAUUACCCAAAUAAAGUGAAAUUUUAAUUUAAUUUGUCAAAACUGAAUUUUAAUUUAAUCAAUACGGAAAUGAAAUUUAAGGUUUUAGGAUCUUAAAUUUCAAUUUUAAAUAUUUAUAAUGAAUUUUAUGCCGGAAACAAUUGAUAGUAAAACAUAUAUUGGACCACUUGUUCCAGAGUUCCAACAACCCAUUUCCGACGACUUUCAGAAAACUACAUCUUUUGUUGAGGACUCGUGCGAUUCCCUUGCCGGAUUUGGCACUGGAAACUCGCCAUCAGCAACCACUGAUUUCAAGAGAAGCGAUACCUGCUUCGAGGACCUGGAUGCAAACGUAGAAACAUCAGUACCCGAAUCAGACUUUAUCCCGGAAUAUUUUGACAUUUAUGGACAAAAUGAACCUUUUAACAAGGUUUAUUCAACUUUUAUCACCAAGCCAAAAUGGGAGGAGGAGUGUUUAGUUUCUCAGGAUGAUCAGAAUGAGGCAUUAGAUACAACAACCACUACCACUGCGACCUCAGACCCGGGGUUCAAGGUCAUGCCAUUUAACUCUAACACACUGUUUUUUGAGGAUGAUUUCAGGUAUGUUACAUCUAAAAUUCCUAAUCACCCAAGGAAUCAGAACUCAAGUUCUGAUUUUUGGGAUAAAAAUGACUCUUCUUCCAUGCCCACUUCAAAUUACCUCUUACAACCUACCUACAAACCAGAGUCGGGGAAAGACCUUUACACUUUGCCACAGUCAAUGAAAGACGAUUUGAUGGAUAAAGCCGAGCUUGCCUCGACUUCCUUUGCCCAAAUAACAAACACUAUGGCCAAUUUAAACUCUAAUGGAUCUAACAACGUGUCAAUGGUUACUAACAAUUUAGUGAACCAAAACAUGAUUGACAAUUCCAUAAAUUGUAAUUUUUACCCUAACAACCUCGUCUCUAACAUGGGACCCUUCUUCCUUAACUCCCAUGAAGUUAAAAGACCUCUUUUUCUUAACACACCGGUCUUUAACACUGGUUUGUUGCUUGACUCUGAUUUGUACCUCUUUCCGACCCUGACCAACAAGUUCUAUAACUUGAUUUCCAACUACCAAAUUGGGUCUAACUACUGCGUUUACGUGGGUGCUGAUUACAAUAAACUGGUUUGCACAUGCAACGUUGUCAGACCAAACGGGUCAAAUUCCCAUUCAGUGAACUGUAACGUGGUGGCUGCAGGAGUGGAAUUGUCCACAGAGUCAUGGCCAGUCUGUAAAGCCUCUCAAAUGUAUUCCCUAAUUAACCGAUGGGACAGGAUACUGAAGAAGUAUAGAAAACUCCAGAGUAGUACAGAGUAUUCGUUUUACUUGCCUGAUGACUAUAAGCCGCCAGUUUACGUGGGACCAGAUGAGGAUAAGAACUUGAAGACUAACUUAAGUUCAAAUUUGCCUAAUCUAAACCCUGAACACAUGAAAAAUGCAAACAGUCUAAUAUCAGAAAUCACGGGCAUUAAGCUGAAUGCGGAUAACACUGACCAGUUUUCACUGAGAAAUGCAGUUUCUGAGCUCCUUAGGACAGAAGAGCCGUCGAAGCGGAGAAAAACCAAGCACAAGAUUGAUUUGUCUUCUAAAUAUUCGAGAGAUUCUGACCUGGCGAGUAUCGCAUCGACGACCGACGGAGACCCGAAGACUGAACGCAAGGAACUUCACCAUCCGAACACUGAAAAGGUCAGCGGGGUCUGGUACGACACGAAUCGUCACCUCUGGAGAGUGGUAUACAUGAAGGGAAAUAAGAGGAAAACACAGGGCUUUAGCUCACUCAAAUUGGGUUACGAAGAGGCUAGGAGAAAGGCCAUACAAAUGAGACAUGAAAUGGUAGCACUAAGACAUAAUGAUAAGAUUUAACACUCUUGGAAAAUCAAGGAUUGUACUUUUAAAAUUAUUUAAAACACAGUGGUUGUAUCUUUUAGCCUUUAAACUCAAGGGCUGUAUUUUCAAAUGACUUGAUCUAUCAAGUUUUACUUGCACAUCUUUUCAAAAUUAAUUUUUACUUUGUUUUUUAGUUUAAAAGAACGAAAACUGAAAAACUAUUGUAAGAAUUCUGUAAAAAAAGCUUUACCAAGUGUAAACAAGAAUGGUUAAUGCUUAGGAUGGAACAUGAUUCCCCUGGGAAAAUUUCCCCAAGGGUAUAAUACGUGUUAUUUUAAUCUUUUUCUUAUGCUUGAUAAAUUUUAAUUUUUUG